AUGGUCAAGGAAACACCUUCGAAAGUGGCUGCUUCUGCUUUGUCCGAUCUAGAAUUGAAGGAUGCCAGGAAUUUGGGUUCUUCCCUGGAGACAGUUUCUGAAUCUAAGGCGGAUGAUGAUUCUUUGCAAUUGAGACUCUCGAACGCUGCUAAAGAGCACAGUAACUUUUUGAAAUCACACCAGGUUCACCGUCAUAAAUUGAAAGAAAUGGAGAAGGAUGAACCUCUACUAGUGGAGAACAAACGUAGAUUUGUUCUAUUCCCAAUCAAAUACCAUGAGAUUUGGCAAGCGUAUAAGAGAGCAGAGGCUUCGUUCUGGACGGCCGAAGAGAUUGAUCUAUCGAAGGAUAUUCAUGAUUGGAAUAACCGUAUGAAUGAGAACGAAAGAUUUUUCAUCUCCCGUGUCUUGGCCUUCUUUGCUGCCUCUGAUGGUAUAGUAAAUGAGAAUUUAGUUGAGAAUUUCAGUGCAGAAGUGCAAAUUCCAGAAGCUAAAUGUUUCUAUGGUUUCCAAAUCAUGAUGGAAAACAUUCACUCAGAGACCUAUUCCCUGUUAAUUGAUACUUAUAUCAAGGAUCCAAAGGAAAGCGAUUUCUUAUUCAAUGCGAUUGAAAACAUUCCUCAGAUUAAAGAGAAGGCCGAAUGGGCUAUCAGAUGGAUUCAGGACAGUGAAUCUAUCUUCGCAGAGAGAUUGGUUGCUUUCGCUGCCAUUGAAGGUUAUUUCUUUUCAGGUUCCUUUGCUGCUAUCUUCUGGUUGAAGAAGAAAGGUCUAAUGCCAGGUCUAACGUUUUCUAACGAAUUGAUCUGCAGAGAUGAAGGUUUACAUACCGAUUUUGCAUGUCUACUAUUUGCUCAUUUGAAGAAUAAGCCAGAUCCUUCCAUUAUCGAAAAGAUUAUUACUGAAGCCGUCGAGAUCGAAAAGAGGUACUUCAUCGAUGCUCUACCCGUUUCUUUAUUGGGUAUGAACGCCGACCUGAUGAACCAGUACGUUGAGUUCGUCGCUGAUAGACUACUGGUCGCUUUCGGGAACAAGAAAUUUUUCAACGUGACUAACCCAUUUGAUUUCAUGGAGAACAUCUCGCUGGCUGGUAAGACCAAUUUUUUCGAAAAGAGAGUCUCUGACUACCAGAAGGCUGGUGUCAUGGCUAAGUCUUCCAAGGAAGAAUCCGAAACAGGGGCCUUCACAUUUGAUGAAGAUUUUUAG